GCAGAGCUGCCUGUGACGCAAUCGGAACUUCACAAUCCUUCUCGAUCGAUCCCCUGCGGGUAGGACCUCCAUUAAGAUACACCUCCUCCCUCUUCAAUGGAAGCUCUGCGAACUUGGGGAAGGAAAUUCCUACCCUGUACAUUUAAUAGGAAUUCCAGUUCCGUUGGGAAUUUGUAGCUCUACCUCCAAGAAAGCAUGCGCCCGAGGGUCCGUAAGGCCCUUCUUUCCUGUUUUCUUGCGAUCGUUCUCUUCGCUUUCUUUUCUGUUCGUCUCUCUCGCAAGGCAAUCUCGGUGGCAACAGUUCGGUACUCGACGUCCAAUCUCACUGUUCGAUCAAAGAUUAACCCGAAUAGUCUCAACUAUGCGGUCCAAGAGAAUCAUCAUGACCGUGAUGCUCAAGAACUCAGCCGCCCCCGGACUCGCCACGUGUCCUCUAUAUGGGAUUCUAUCGCCACCCUCUCGGUUCUCUUGCCGGCGUGGGAGGUCCUAGUGAUCGUUCCGCCAGAGACUCCCCUCUCUCCCGGUCUCGGCGAGGAGUACCGGUGUAUAUUCCAAAAUAACGCCACGUCGACUGCGACCUUCUCCGGGGUGUUGGCGUUCACGAAUCGGACCACGUUCAAGUGCGUUAUGCCGGACAGCGUUCGUCGUCUCCGUCCGUUCUUACAGCCGAUUCUCAUAAAACAGUCGGAGAACGAAUCUCCAGUAACGAAACCGAUGCCAGAGCUUAUAAGGUGGACGUUCAUGGCGUACGAGUCUUUCUCAACGGAGGACGACGUCAUUCUGUUCGUGAAGGGGGUGAACCACCGCCAGGGACUCAACCGGUCUCCCCAGGAGUUCCUGUGCUUGUUCGGCGACGGAACUACAAGCUUUGUCAAAACCGCAGUUACGAGCUCCAUCCAAGAGGUAUUCAGGUGUCCUCACCCGAAUCUAAUGGGAGUUAUUUCUGGCGCGGACAGCGAGCGAAUAAAAAUCUCCCUCGAAAUCGUGACAGAAAAUCUGGUGGUCCCUUCGGUUGCGUACUACACGCCCCGACGAAGCUUAGUCAUAGGGAGACCAGAAGAACCGAGGUCAAUAUUGUGUGCAUGCACCAUGGUUCACAACGUGGCUAAGUUCUUGAAAGAGUGGGUCGUGUACCACUCCAUGAUCGGCGUCCAAAAGUUCAUCCUCUACAACAACGACAGCGACGACGAUCUUGAACGCGUCGUUGAGGAGCUCAAUCAAGACGGUUACAACGUAACGACGCUGUUUUGGAUUUGGCCCAAGACCCAGGAGGCUGGGUUCUCACACGGUGCGGUCUACGCUAAGGAUUCGUGCACUUGGAUGCUGUACGUUGAUGUCGAUGAAUUCGUUUUUAGUCCCUCGUGGGAUCAAUUUAAGAAACCUUCCAAUGACAUGCUUACCUCACUUCUGUCGAGGACCCCACAGAAAACGCCGUCGUCUUCGUCAUUAAUGCUGCCCGCAUCACACCGUAGGAUCGGCCAAGUCGUUAUGAGGUGCAACGAGUUUGGACCGUCGAAUCAGACUUCGCAUCCAGCGGAGGGUGUAACACAGGGGUACACGUGUCGUCGGAAAAUUGAGCAGCGGCACAAGUCCAUGGUGCUGUUGGAUGCAAUGGAUCCGUCAUUGCUGAACGUGAUACACCAUUUUCAGUUGAAGGAGGGGUUCAGGUCAAAGACAAUGAGCAUGGAGGACGCAGUGGUCAACCAUUACAAGUAUCAAGCGUGGUCCGAAUUUCGAACCAAGUUCCGGCGGCGAGUCUCCGCAUAUGUCGUGGACUGGAUGCAAGCAGUCAACCCGAAAUCGAAGGAUAGGACACCCGGUUUAGGGUUUGAACCGAUAGAGCCCAAAGGAUGGGCCCAGAAGUUUUGCGAGGUUAGAGAUGAGAGAUUGAAGUUGUUGACCCAAAAGUGGUUUGGGUCUACUGAGUACUGAGUCGCACGGAUAUGGAAGAAUGGCUUGGUAAAGAUGAAUCAAUUCGAGGUUUGAACUGGCCC